UCUCUACUAUUCAACAUGAUACGGUUACCUGAACCACCAACAACUGCUGGUGCAGCUAUUCCAGCGCAUACACCACAUGCUGUCUCUGUUACACUACCCACUUGGCAAGACAACAUUUAUUAUGAGGAAGGAAAUCCUAUUGUGACAUCCAAAAUGGAGUGUGGAUAUCCUCGCUUCUUCAUUCACCCUCUUAUUCAAAAAUUAAGCGCUCGUCUAGUCGCCAAAUUUGGUAAACCAAACGAUUCAUGUAUGCUUUUCCCUUCGCACAAGGUAGCAGAAAGUUGCCGAGCCUUUAUGCACAGGUAUUAUCAGCAGCCUUUAGGUACUAUUCGUAUCGCAGAAUUUGAAAUUGCCGCGCCCGAAAGUUACGAACGCGUGCCGAUCCAUAUCGUUCUCUUCCCGCAGGACGCAUUCCCCAUCGCCAAGCAAUUCUGGCAGCAUUCGGGCGACAUCAUUUCAUCGCGUAUGGCGGAGUACUGCUUGAGCAUCUUGGACGGCAAUCAAAACACCCCUGAACCAACAAAGCAAGAGAUCAAGCCCAAGCUAACACUGGGUGGACGCAGUCAGAGCCAUUACGGUAGCAAGCAUGCCAAGCAAAGCAAGCAUGAGGAAGAAAGUGUGUCAGGCGAGCAGACGACAUAUCUUGAAGAACGAUAUGGCCGAAACUUGCCGGUUCAGUUUGCAAAAAACGCCAAGGUUGCGCUGAAACGUCGAAUUGCAGGUAUCUUAACCGAUGUUUCCGUGGACGAUCAUCUGACAACAAGUAAUGUCGAGGAACAACGACAGUUGACAGGCGAGCGUGGUAUUCAAGGGUUAUCAGAGGAGGAUGUGUAUCUGUACCCUUGUGGUAUGAGUGCUAUUUUCCAUGCGCAUCAGUAUGCCAUGGCUAUCGGCGAUGCGUCGCUCAAGAGUGUCUGUUUUGGAUUCCCGUAUACAGACACACUCAAGAUUUUGCAAAAGUGGGGAGCUGGAUGCCAUUUUUAUGGUCUGGGUGAGGACAAAUGUAUAGACGAAAUGGAACAACGGCUUCAAGCAGGAGAAAGAGUGUUGAGUUUGUUCUGUGAACUGCCCUCAAAUCCUUUAUUGAAGUCACCCAACCUCAAGCGACUGCGAAGUUUAGCUGAUCAAUACGGUUUCUUAAUUGUUGUGGAUGAAACGAUUGGUAAUUUCUGUAAUAUUGAUGUCUUGUCAUGGGCAGAUGUGGUCGUUAGUAGUUUGACAAAGGUCUUUUCGGGUGACUCGAACGUCAUGGGCGGCAGUUUGGUACUUAAUCCGAAGAGCGCCUAUUACAAGCAGCUUAAGGAUGCUUUAAAACACGAUUAUGAAGACCUUGUCUGGUCUGAGGACGCUGUUUUUCUUGAACGUAACUCUCGCACGUUUAAAGAAAGGUCAAAGAUUAUCAACCAAAAUGCUGAAGCUCUGUGUGACUUUUUGGCGUCACAUGAGAAAGUUCAAAAGGUAUUUUAUCCCAAGUAUGUGUGUCGAGAAUAUUAUGAUGCGGUAAAGCACAAGACAGAAGAUGCUGGUUACGGAGGCUUGUUUUCAGUUCUGCUAAAGGACGAAAGAAGUGCAGCACAAUUCUUUGACAACCUUAAGUGUGCAAAGGGGCCAUCAUUAGGAACCAACUUCACAUUGGCCUGUCCAUAUACCAUUCUUGCACACUACACAGAGUUAGACUGGGCGAACGAGUAUGGAGUGUCUCGAUACUUGGUUCGAGUGAGCGUGGGAUUAGAAGAUAGAGAAAAGUUGAUGUCCAUGUUUAAACAAGCUUUAGAUGCUGUCAAUCAGUAAGCAGCAACAUAGAAAUAAAGAUGAUUGACGAUUAGCGCUUAUAUAAUAUAUUUUAAUAAACCAAGUGUAGUAAAUUUAAAGAG